AUGCGCGACUCGUUCGUCGCCCGCCCGACCGACGUCCUACUCGCCACCAUGCCCAAGUCCGGCACGACGUGGCUCAAGGCCCUCGUCUUCGCCGUCGCCCACCGCGACCGCCACGCGCCUGACGACGCGCGCCACCCGCUCCUCGGCACCAGCCCGCACGACCUCGUCCCGUUCCUCCACUCCCUCUACGAGAACCAUCGUGGUCCGGACCCUCCCGGCCUCGAGGCGAUGCCGUCGCCCCGCAUCCUGGCGGUGCACGCGCCGUUCUCGGUCCUGCGGCCGUCGGUGGCAAGUUGCCGCGUCGUCUACCUCUGCCGGGACCCCAAGGACGCGCUCGCCUCCUUCUGGCACUACAUCCCCAAGGUCGUUCCUCGGGGCCACAACCUGCCGCCGUUCCACGAGGCCUUCGAGCGGUACUGCGACGGCGUCUCGCCGUUCGGCCCUCUUUGGGACCACAUGGCCGAGUACUGGAAGGCGAGCGUGGCGCGGCCGGAGGAGGUCAUGUUCCUCCAGUACGAGCACCUCAAGGAGGACACUGUGGGCAGCGUGAAGCGCCUGGCCGACUUCCUAGGAUGCCCGUUCACCGACGAGGAGGUGGCCCGAGGCGUCCCCGACGCCGUCGUGGCUCUGUGCAGCAUAGACCGGAUGAAGGGCGUGGAGGCCAACCGGGAAGGCGAGCACGGCGUCGCCCGGACGUUCAAGAACUCGGCAUUCUUCAGGAAGGGAGAGGUUGGGGAUUGGAAGGAGCUCCUCACGCUGGAGAUGGCGCAGAGGAUCGACGACACCGUGGAGGAGAAGCUGCGAGGCUCCGGACUCUCGCUCAUCGAUCCUUCGUACAAGCUCUGCCUCCUCUCGCGCUUAGCCAUGGCUCAGCUUCCAUCCAAGAGUGAUCUAGGUAGUGCCACCAAUAGUUCACCGGAAGACGUGGACCUAGCCAAGCAGGGCGUUCGAGGUUUCAUGUCCGCGCUACCGGCAAGAGAGGGGUGGUCGGCAACACUCGUCCACCACAAGAACUACUGGCUCAAACCGAGGAUGCUGGAGGGGAUCUUGCUCGCCCAGCAGACCUUCAAGCCCCGCGCCGACGACAUCAUCCUCGCCACGCAGCCCAAGUGCGGCACCACCUGGCUCAAGGCCCUCGCCUUCGCCAUCACCAACCGAUCUCUCUACGACUUCAGCGACCACCCGCUCCUCACCCGCCACCCUCAGCACGCCGUGCCCUUCAUCGAGAUCCCCACUGCUGGCUCGGACGACCACGCCGCCGGCAUCGAGGCUCUCCCGUCUCCGAGGCUUCUCGCCACGCACAUGCCCCUGUCGCUGCUUCCGCCGGGCACGACCUCCUGCGGCUGCCGCCUCGUGUACCUAUGCCGGGAUCCCAAAGAUACGCUCGUGUCAAGGCUGCACUUCGAGAACAAGCUCGUAGAGGGUUUCAGCCUAUCCAUGGACGCCGCUUUCGGCAUGUUCUGUGAGGGCUUCUCACCGUACGGCCCCUUCUGGGAUCACUGCCUCGAGUACUGGAGGGAGAGCGUCGCAAGGCCUAACACCGUUCUCUUUCUGAAGUACGAAGAGAUCAAGUCAGAUCCGGUGCAAGUUGUGAGGAAGCUAGCGGAGUUCCUCGGCGUACCAUUCACCCAAGAGGAGGAGAGCGCUGGGAUCGCUGAGGAGGUGGUGAAGUUGUGCAGCUUUGAGAAGCUUACCAGCCUGCCGGUUAACCAGGUUGGUGUCGUUCGUCCAGGAAAUAACGUGCGCCUCGAUAAUUCUGUGUUUUAUAGGAAAGGAAAAGUAGGGGACUGGGUGAACCACAUGAACCAAGAGAUGGCGGAAAAGCUAGACAGCCUCGUUCAACACAAGCUUGAAGGGUCCGGCCUUGUGUUUUGA